UCCGGCUCCCGCUGCCGCCGGUGCCGCUCCCGCCGCCCGCGGGAUGUACGCCGGGAGGAAGAGGAAGAAGCCGGUGCCCAAGAGCCCCAAACCACCACCUGCUGAGGGUGUGAAGUCCAACCCCUCCAAGCGGCACCGCGACCGGCUCAACCAGGAGCUGAACAAGCUGACGGGGCUGCUGCCCUUCCCUGAGGAUGUGCGCUCCAGGCUGGAUAAGCUCUCCAUCCUGCGGCUGGCCGUUGGAUACCUGAAGGUCAAGAGCUACCUGACGGCCACAGCUCUGAAGGCUGGCAGCUGCCUGCUGGAUCAGCCCAGAGCCCCAGGGGGGAGCAGACAGACGGACCUGCAGGUCAACGGGGAGCUGUUUCCUGAGGGGGAACUGCUGCUCCAGGCACUCAAUGGGUUUGUCAUCGCUGUGACAGGAGAUGGCUACAUCUUCUACAUCUCCCCUACAGUGCAGGACUACCUGGGCUUCCAUCAGUCGGAUCUCAUCUACCAGAGCGUGUACGAGCUGAUCCAUGCGGACGACAGAGCCGCCUUCCGCCGCCAGCUGCACAGGCCCCCGGCGCUCGCAGCCGACGCCGUUCCCCCUGAGCAGCCACCGCUGGCUGGAUGCAGCACCACGUCCAGCCCCCAGCGCGUCCAUCCCGAGGAGCAAUCAGAGAGGAGCUUCACCUGCCGCUUCCGCUGCUUGCUGGAUAACUCCUCAGGAUUUCUGGCCUUGAAUUUCCGUGGGCGCCUGAAGUUCCUUCUCGGGCAGCAAAAGUCGGCAUCAGACAAGUCCCCCGUUGCUCUCUUUGCCAUUGCAACGCUCCUCCAGCCGCUCUCCGUCCUGGAACCUCAGACAAAGACGCUGAUCUUCCAGACAAAGCACAAGCUGGACUUCACUCCUAUGGCCUGUGAUUCCCGGGGGAAGGUUGUCCUGGGAUACACAGACAGGGAGCUGUGCCGGAGGGGCUCCGGGUACCAGUUUGUGCACGCGGCUGACAUGAUGCUCUGCGCAGAGAACCACGUCAGGAUGAUGAAGACGGGGGAGAGCGGGCUGACGGUGUUCCGGCUGCUGACCAAGCAGGGCGGCUGGCUGUGGGUGCAGUCCAACGCACGGCUCGUCUACAAGGGGGGCAGGCCCGACUUCAUCAUCUCCCGCCAGCGAGCCCUCUCGAAUGAAGAAGGGGAGGAACAUCUGCGGAAGAGAAACCUGCAGCUGCCUUUUAGCUUUGUCACGGGGGAAGCAGUCUUGUAUAAGAAUGACCUUCCCGGGUUCCUGGACCCCUUCCAAGCCAAGGAGGAGUUGCAGACACAAGCAAAUUCCCACUCAAAGCAGCACUUGGUAGACCCCAACUCUCUCCUUGGGGCCAUGAUGAAGCAGGAUGCAUCCAUAUACAACUCCCACGCUGAUAACAUGCCUCAGUUCUCCUUGGCAGAUUUCAUCUCUGAGCCCGAGGGACUGGGCAGGAAUGAGGACAUCAGUGAUGCCAAGGAGGACAGUGACUCCCUCCUGGUGGUGAUAGAAACCCUCUUUGAGAAGAGCGAGGUGGAGGGAAAUGUCUGCCAGAGCCUCAGCAUGGACCACGCAGAGCUGCAGCAGUGGGAGGAGGCUCUGCUCAGCUUGGGGGCAGAGGAGGAGUCGCCAGCUCAGGGGGUUGGCCAGAGGCCAGGCACCGAGGUGACAUCCUGUGUGGAGCAGAUGCUCCUCAGGGAGGAUGCUGGGAAGAGCACGGACUUCCCACACUGCAACGAGGAAAACAGCAUUGUGGCUCAUUUCCAGCGCUGCUGGGCAGCUAAUUCAGUGCCUCAGUCCCCGGCACAGCCCCGGGCCCUGGGUGCACAAGGAGGCCAAGGUGCUGUGGUGUCUGCAGGCUCCAUUAGCUCUGAGGUGAGCUCAGCUCAGCCAGAGCAGCAGGUCCCGUUUGACCCAGCCAGGCUGGUGGGAGGGACUGUGCUGGGUGUCCCAGUCCCCAGCACCAAAUCCCCUGUAGCACUUCAGCGGGCAAGCCAAGUGCUUCAAGCAGAAGUUGCCCCCUCUGCUCCUGUGGAUAACGCUGUUCCUGCUGCUCAGAGCCAGCUGGGGUGCCAGCUGCUGGGCUCAAGCUGCCCACCUCCCGUGCACUCAAACACAUUAGUGACUCGGUGGCACCAUGUCCCGCUCCAGGCAAACCCGGCUUUGGGUCAGAGCGCUCCUCCUGGAGGCUGCCCAUCAGCGGCUUGGAUGGCCAGUGCUCCGAAACAGCUGGAAGCAGCAGGAGCACACAUGGAGUCCCAGACUCUGCUGGCUGGACGCCCUGAGAACCCCCCGGGGGCCGGGCUGUGGCUGCCACCCCCCUCCCAGCCUGCUCCUUGCCCUGCCCAGGGCUUGCACGAGUCCUUGUUCUCAGGGGAUGGGAACCUCCGUGAGGAGGAGGCUGCUCUCCCUGCACGAGUGCCAGCACCCUUAGGAGCCAGGCAGCUGCCAGGGGAUGGUGGCUUCCCCAAACAGCCCCUGGCACCCCAGCUAGAGCCCAGCGUUUCCUGGGAAGGGGAACAGGCAGUGCUCCGAGAGGCCGAGUGGAUCUCGCAGCACCAGCUGUGGCUCCCCCAGGCUGGGGCAGGUCCAGUGCAACACAGCGGGCUCCUGCUGGCAUCCAGCACGGCUCCCAGCACCCACCGGAUGGACCCUGUCGUGCCGCCGGAGUGCCAGUAUGGAAAUAGCCUUCUUAGGCAGGAGACCAAUUUCCUCAGGGACGCCUCCAAAGUAUCCCUUCCCCAGCAGCUGGGUGCCUUGCCUUGCCCCAGCGAGAACCACCCCGGAGCAUCCCGUCCCUCGGCGGGCGCGGUUCCGAGGUGCUCAGCAGCUGUCCCUGGGAAGGGGGGUGCAGGAGCACCCCCGUGCUCGGAGCGGGGCCCUGGCUGCCCGGCGGGGCAGCGGCUCUGUGCCUGUGACAUCCAGCCCAAGGUGAGGUGUGAGGGCUGCAGGACAUGAGGGGUGCCCCGGCUCGUGGGGAGGCAGCGAGGGGAGCUGCCAGGGGCUGCGGGCACACCGGCCUUUGUGGGCAGCCUGCUUUGAAACAUCACUGUGAACUGGGAGCCGCGUUUUGGAAAGCCACCAGCAGCUGUGGGCCCUUCUCAUACCUGCAAGUGGUGCCCUGUGCUUCCUGGUCACUCAGCAUUUUGUCUUCCAGCGCUGUCAGGCAGUCGAAGAUGCAGUGGUUUGGACUUUUUUUUCCCAUGAGAAGUCUUUCAGGGAGAUGCAGCCAUGCCAGUGUGGAGGUCUGUGGGCUCGGGGGGUCCGAGGAAGGACACUGUGCUUGCCUGGCCCAUGUGCUUGGGGCAGCCUCUUGCAGGUGGACCUGCUCCCUCGCAUGUAGCACUGCAGGUAGCACUGAAUGGCUGUUUCUUGGCUCAGUGUGGUCUCCUCAUCACCUGUGUGUGUGGGCCACCCUUGUCACGUUGCUGUUCAGUCCCCUGCAUCAUCUCCACCUGCCUGAGUCCCUCUGCUCCCUCCCUCCUGUGCUCUUCAUCUCCUCCAGAGCCCCUGGUGACCCAGUUCAUUUAGAAAUGGGAUGUUACCAAGCACUUUGAGAAGCUCAGCAGCACUGAAGGGUCUCACUGGGAGGUGGAGGUGGUGAGAGCAGAGGCAUCCUGGCGGUUUGGGCUCUCCAGGAGCCUUCCUGGGGGAUUUGGGAGAGGUGGGUACCAGGCUGUUGUGACCUUUCUGGGCCAAUGCAGAAGCUGCUCUUGGUUUUGUCAGUGGCUUGUCCUCUCCUUCCUCUCCUGCGCCUUGCAGUUCCAUCAGAUGGAGGAACAAUGGGGUUCCUCCUGUGGCUUUGCCAAAGCAGUGAGAAAGAAGGGCAGGGUGGGAUGCAGUGACCACUGGCUGCUCUACAGACCCACUUUGUGCCCCUCAAAGCGCUGUCCUGGAGCCAACAACAGUCACUUUGUUGAAUUCCCUUUAUUUUCUAUAUUUUUAACCUAAGAUGUGAAUUCAUUUUUUUCUUCCCCCACCAUGGGGCACAUUCUCCCAGAUCCAUCAGGGAAACCCACAGAAGCAGCAGUGAUGGGGGAGGGUGUGUUCGAUUUGAGACCACACUGGAGUGCAACUGUUGUAUCAGAGAGAGGAGAGUGAUUGGGGAUCUUCACAUCUUCCCCCCAUGCACCCAUCACCCUCAGCAUCACAUCUGCCUCUCACACCACUAUUAAGCAUUUACCAAGCAAAUUAAAUCAGGUAAUUAGUGCAGGGCCAGCAGCCAGGCAGUGUGUCCUGGUGUGGAGUGGCAUUGUCUCCCUGGAUCUCUUCCUUUGUGUCCUGCUUUGCCUCGCUGUACCAGGGCUGAUGGGGCUUGGGAAAGGUUAAGCUCCUGUCUGCAGGCUGGGGGCAGAGAGAUGCUGAAAUGUGCCAGACCCCUCCAAAGUGGCCUGGAGGAGCACUUCGGACAGGACAAGGAGGCGGCUCACCAUGAUCCGGACCCAAAAAGCAGCAGGAUGGACUCUGCUCACCAGCCUCUGCUGUCCUGGCACCGGUGAGACGACGUGAAACACGGGGUGCCAAGGGCACAGGCUCCAAGGGUCACCUCGGGGUGGGGGCACCCACGAGGCUCUGCUGCCUGGGGCCCUGACAGACCCCCUGGUGCUCUGUGACUGGUGUCUGAUCUCUUCAUACCUUGUGGCUGUGCACAUAAAGUCUGUUUUGGUGGCAGUGUCUCAUUUUACGCUCGGUGAUUUCUUUGUGCUGCUCUUGGCAGCCGGAUGAUGCCGAGGAGAAAGAGACGUUCUAAGACUCACCCCCCCCCCUCCCCGUGUUUGUUUGUGUAUUAAAAGGUUGUGUAUUUGCUUUGUA